AUGCCCGAAAAUGAAGACUCAAUGGUAGUUGAACGUCCUAAUGAUAUAGAAAUACCACCUCCAUCUGAGCCCUAUACUUUAAUUGAACCAUUUGAGUUCUUUAAUAAUUCUUCAGAGAGUUCUAAGAAAUGUCUCAUUAUACUAAACCAAUCAAUACGGGAUAUGAAUUUAGAAAGAUUGUGGCCUAAUACCCGAUUACACAUAUGUGCCGAUGGAGGUGCAAAUCAAUUAUAUAAUUACUUUGAGGAAGAAAGUGAUAGAAGCAAAUUCGUGCCCGAAUUUAUCACUGGAGACUGUGACUCUGUCACCGACGAAGUAAAACAAUACUACAUGCUGAAAGGAACAGUGGUGAUCCCUCAGUAUUCACAGUACUCUACGGAUCUAACAAAAUCAAUAUUGUUAUCAAAAAUAUACUUUCAUUCGGAAUCGCUGAGGCAAAAGUUGUACAAUGAGAUCGAACCUAAUAAUGGCCUUGCUGAGCUAGGAGAACCUUUGAAUACUUCAAAUCCAGAAAGAGUAUUCAUAUACAUGUUGGGUGGUAUUGGAGGCAGAUUUGAUCAAACUAUACAUUCAAUCAACCAGCUCUACAAACUCAAUAAAUCUGAUCCCCAUUUGCAAAUAUUCUUUAUCUCACAUUCAGACAUGAUUUUUUGA